AAAACAAUAAUAUCCUCUCUGAAAAAUUGAUUAUUUUUGUUAAAUUUUUUCUGAAUUUUGUUUUUAUUUUUGCUGUUUGAAAUUCCUUCCAAUUCUAUUUGGAAGAGAAUUUCAAUCAAAUCAUAUAUCUCCACUGUUCUCUUUCUCUACAAACCCUAAUUUCAAUUUUAUACAAAGUUUGAAUCUUUUACAGAGUUUCAAAGAAAUCUCAGUUUUUCUUUUAUUGGGUAUUUAUUUGUUUUCCUUUUAAGGCUAUUUUGAAAAAGAUAGUGAUUUUCUUUUUCCUUUUAAGGGUAAUUUUCAAAAAAAAAAAAAAGAUUUAAAAAGGAACAAAUUUUGUUUCGUUAUUGGGUUUUUUCAAUUAAGGGUGAUUUCAAGAAGGUAUAAAGGAAGGAUCUUGGUAAUAUUUUGUAUUUUUGAGAUGGUGGGUAGUGUGAAUAUUGAUCAACAGGGGAAGGGAGGAUAUGUGUCAGAUGAAGUUUUGGGAACAUUUAUACCAAUAGUUGUGUAUUGGGUAUAUUCAGGAUUGUAUUUAAUGCUUGGGAAUAUGGAUAAUUAUAGGUUGCAUUCUAAGAAAGAUGAGGAUGAGAAGAAUUUGGUGUCAAAAAAAGAGGUUGUUAAAGGUGUUCUUCUCCAACAGAUUGUUCAGGCUGCUGUUGCUACCGUUCUUUUCGCGGUCACGGGAGAUGAUGGUGAAUCUGGUGGGGAUCAACACGCUUCGAUCUUUGUUCUUGGCAGACAGUUAUUUGUUGGCAUGUUGAUGUUAGAUACUUGGCAAUAUUUUAUGCAUCGGUACAUGCACCAAAACAAGUUCUUGUACAAACAUAUCCAUGCUCAACAUCACCGGCUAAUUGUUCCGUAUGCAUUUGGAGCUUUGUACAACCACCCUUUGGAGGGUCUGAUUCUUGACACAAUCGGCGGUGCUCUAGCUUUCCUUGUCUCCGGGAUGUCACCACGUACCUCCAUCUUCUUUUUCUCGUUUGCUACGAUCAAGACGGUUGAUGAUCACUGCGGGCUAUGGUUGCCCGGAAAUCUCUUCCAUAUCUUCUUUAAAAACAACUCCGCUUACCAUGAUAUCCAUCACCAGCUUUACGGGACCAAGUAUAACUAUUCACAGCCUUUCUUUGUGACGUGGGAUAGGAUACUUGGUACUUACAUGCCAUAUGAACUUGAGAGGAGAGCAGAAGGAGGUUUUGAAGCUAAGCCUGUUAAAGAUUGCAAGGAACAUUGACAAUACUGUUAGUACAUGUUUGUCAUAGAGUAUGUACCACUGCAAUUUUUGCAUUAUUCGAAUGCUUAGUUUACUGAUUUAAUUUGUAUAGAGUAUAUAGUUAAAGGGUUCUGCAUAUAUUGUUGUAUAACUGAUGUUGGUUUCGAGGUUUGAGAAAGGAAUAGGGUCUAAUAAUAGUUUCCUUUUUAAACAUUGUCUCAGAUCUGAUAUCUGGUAUAUUCAACUGCAGGCAGAGAGAUAAAAGAUUACUGAAAUACAUUGUGUGCCUUUAAUUCUCUAGUUCCAAGCAUAUGGACAUGUAUUUGUGACUUU